UCACUGCGGAUUGUAAACAGUAGAGCGUCAGUAGUAGCAACAUCUCCAGACACUUUGUCCACUUAACAUGAUGUGCUGCCGCCGUUUGACAUUUCAGACGCGAUAUGGCUCCUUCAGUCGUUGCAUAGCUUCUUAAUGUUAAUAAUCCAUGUGGCUGUCAGAUGAUCUUAUAAAGUCUUUUUUGGGGCUUUUUACUGGACCGCAUCACAUUGCUAGCUAUCAUAAAUCUAAUGUUAGCUAGCUCGACGCUGGUUUUAUCACAUUAGCCGUCUUCGUCUUGUCAUGAGUUGGGCUCGUUAGGCAUGUAAAGCUUCUUUGGUUCCACUCUUCGCUUAACGUUAAUAUUUUUGGAGUUACUUUUGUGCCACAAUGGUGCCUUCUUUAGUCAAGCUCUGUGCCAAGGAGGUGGUGAGUGACCACAGCUCGUCGCCUUGCUGGCUGAGUUGGGUGCCCCGGGAGCUGUACGGGCCCCUGCUGGAAGCCGCCUUCACCGGCUGUCGGCCGCUGGCGGUGGGGGAGCUGGUGCAGAGAUGGCCUGAACGCACCCUGAAAGUUGGCGGACGGAGGAAACCAGGGCAGAGUCCCCCAAAUCGACUCUGCAUCCAGGCGCUCUUGCUUGCCGUAGUGAGAGGGCUGUCUGACCAAAGGUGCGCCCUGCAGGUGCUGGACCUCUGUGGGCUGCAAGGUGAUGAGGGAGGAAUGGGAGACCCCAUGGGAGGCUGGUCUCUGACUGUGGCCCUCUGCACGAUGGUCGUUCAAGCCAGCGCUGGAGCUCAGAGGGCGCUGAAAAGAGAGAGGGAGCGGGAGCGAAAAAGGUUCUUGGCUAUGGAGAGGGAAAAGGAUGUCGUGAAAAGGGAGAGAGGGCAAAGGAAGACAAGAGUAGGGGAAGUGGGGCGAGGUGGUGAGGAGGUAAGCACGGACGGUGGGGAGCUGGGGCGAAAUGAAAGAGAGGGAGUAGGAUCACCAGGGAUCCCGGGUGAAGAGGAGCAGGUAAUGGGGAUAAGGAGAAAGAUGGAAAGAGAGAGGAAGAGAGAAGGCACAGGGACAGGAGGAGAAGGCACCAGAAAAGAGAGUGAGGAAAUGGAUCUGGACAGUGAUGUGGUGGUGCAUGUGAGAGCUGAUCUUUUUGUCAAUGCCCGCUCUUGGGAGCGUGUUCGUGUGGCUCUGGGCACAGUGGGACCCCUCAAGCUGCAGUGUCGAUACCUUCGUGUGGAAGAGCUGUCAGUAUCAAGCAUCAGGGCUCUGCUGGACCUCCUGCCUCGCCACAGCCUUCAGGGGGUGGAUAUUCGCUACAGCAGCCUGGGGGUGGCUGGCUUUGCUCAGCUGUUGCCUCAGCUCUCCACAUUCCCGGCUCUCAACUCUCUCCGCCUGCACUACUGUAACUUGGAUUUUCGCAGAGACCAGCCUGGACAGGACGGGACACUGAAGGACUUGUCACUGGGUCUGGCACAGCUACAACAGCUGCGAUGCCUUAGCCUGACUGCACUCCGUCUACCUGGACACCUACGCAUGCUACUCAGCUCACUGCCUCAGCCUCUAGAGGUACUGGAACUGCCAUAUCUGAGCCUGAGCCCGGCAGACCUUGCCUAUCUGUCCUUCAGCCAGCAUGCCUCCACUCUGCAGCAGCUGGAUCUUAGUGAAAACCGUCUGGAUGAAAUUGCCCUGCCCUCUGUGCGCCGCCUCCUCUCUCAUGCGUCCAGCAGCAUGCAGCACCUCUGUCUGAGUGGCUGUGGCCUCACUGAUGGCCUGCUGGGGGCCCUGCUACCCUCUCUGAGGUGCUGCAAGGCCCUCAAAAGCUUGGGGUUGGCUCUCAAUCCACUGUCCAUGGCUGGCCUCCUUGACCUCGUGAGGACAGCUGUGAAAAUGCCCUCACUCCGCCAGUUAUUGUAUCCCAACCCCUUGGAGGAUUACCAGCCAGGCUUACCUGACCUGCCCUCUAGUGCUCAGCUCUUAGACUGGCCUCUGGAUGAGCCCAUGGAGGUUCACGCAACAAGCAGCCAGCUGAACAGAGUGUUGACAGAGAGCGGCCGCUCUGACCUCUUCCUGACCUGCGACCUGCUCAACUAUGAUAAAGACUGGGUGGACUAGAGCAGAGGACAGGGGAGAUUUUCAGCUCACUCCCUUACAGAGCAAUGUACACAAGCUUGACAAUCAAAUUAUCACUCUAGCAAAGAAUUAUCUUCAGAUUUUUAAACUGUAAUUUCUGUCUUUUUAUUGUAAAAAUGAUGAAUCACAUUAUUCAGUUACACUUAUUUGCUGUUAUGACCAUUUUUCUUGCACUGGAACAUAUAUGCUAUAGUCCGUUCAAAAGGUGCUUAUAGCCUAAUUACUACUUUUCAUACUGUUUAUUUGUUAAUUAUAUGAAUUAAGUUGCAGCAUAUGAAGCACUGGUUUUGUGCCAGAAGUGUGUGGUAAGUUAGUACUCUAAGCGUAUAUGUAGUUAGAACAGGAAUAGAUUAUCACAUUACAUUGGUUUGAGGUUACAGCCUUGCACUCCUGUGCCUUUACAUCUGUCACCACUACCUUGUCUACAUGACACUUGUUUAUAUAUCUAGAGGGCCACCAGUUUGGCAAAACCUUGGCAGAAUAACAAAUUAAAAAAUAAAACACACAUUUUAUAAUGUGACACAGUACUGUACAUACACUUGCAAUCAAAAAUAUGUGUGAUCAUGUUUAACAUUAUGUGUUUGCUAAAUGUUUCCAAAAUCACCCUUAAAAAGGAAAUGAAUGUAAAGAAGCUGCAGUUGUUUUUGGUUAACUUAAGUACAAAUUCAUGAUGCAGUGGUGAUUUGUUUUCUCACUUUUUUCCCCUAAAGCAGAAACAAAGUUUGCCUAGUUAUUCUAGGUGGGGGUUUUUUUCUAUUAUAUUUUUAUCCACUCAGGAUUUUUCCUGUCUUUGUGCUGUUUGAAUUUACCCAUUUACUGUGGCAUAUGUCUGUAAUACCUGCUUUAAAAUAUUCAAUGAUGCAUUUUGUAUACAGGUCUAUGAUGAGUCCAGCGUAUCACCAGUAUCACAAAUGUGUGAGUGUACCAAAUCAGUCUUGUACCAAAUAAAUACAGUUCCACACUUAAAAGAAUAAAUCAUUCAAAAAGCAAUGGUUCAGUUAA